CAGAAAAAGGAGAGAGACAUGUCAGAAGAACAGUCCAGUGUAUAUAAACACAAAACACACAACUUUCUUUUGACUCUUUUGUGUUUAUGCUACAGUCCUCAAAACCCAAUGAAGCAAGAAGAACAAUGAUAAAGGUCUGGAAUUCACAAGUGUCCACCUUUAUUGAUUUCUGAAGCAAACCCAUCUUUGAAACUUUCUUGAUUUUCAUUGGUAUUCAACUCUGUUCACCUCAGAGAUUUCAGUUUAGUCUGAACCUUAUAGUACAACAAAUCUUCUCCCACAGUUUUGCAUACCACCAAAGUUAAUACUAUUGGCAGAGUCACCACCAAAGAAACAAUCUAGAUCCGGAAUUAUCUCAUAAAUCAAACCAGGGAGUUUGUGUUUCGGUGUGGUGUAUACGAUGUGCUUAACCUAGAUUUAGAGCUAUUAGGUUGAAACUUGAAAUUUGGAACCUUUUUUUCUCUUUUUCGACAAGACUAUGACUAUGGAUGAUGUGGAUAGUAGCUCUGAGUGGAGCAGAGAGCAAGAUAAAGCGUUUGAAAAUGCUUUGGCUACUUAUCCCGAGGACGCUUCAGAUCGAUGGGAAAAGAUUGCGGCGGAUGUACCGGGGAAGACUAUGGAAGAAAUUACACAGCAUUAUGAGCUCUUGGUUGACGAUGUUGGCCAAAUUGAAGCUGGUUGUGUUCCGAUACCGUCGUAUAAUUCUUCUUCUGAGGGAUCAACGAGUCAUGCUAGCGAUGAAGGAGUUGGAGGGAAGAAGGGUGGCCAUAGUGGUCACAAUAACAACGAGUCUAACCAUGGAACUAAGGCUUCAAGAUCGGAUCAAGAACGGCGAAAGGGUAUUGCUUGGACUGAGGAAGAACACAGGUUAUUUCUUCUGGGCCUAGACAAGUACGGAAAAGGCGACUGGCGAAGUAUAUCAAGAAACUUUGUGGUAACCCGAACGCCAACACAAGUAGCAAGCCACGCCCAAAAAUACUUCAUCCGAUUGAACUCAAUGAACAAAGACAGAAGGCGAUCGAGCAUACAUGAUAUCACAAGUGUCAACAACGGAGACAUCUCAACGCCUCAAGGACCAAUCACCGGUCAAACAAACGGUUCCUCCGGAAAUUCCGCAAACAAAUCAGUCAAACAAGCCGUUCCGUCCACAGCCGGUAUACCAGGUGCUGGAAUAUACGCUGCCCCUUCCAUCGGACAACCUAUAGGAGGACCUUUAGUAUCUGCCGUCGGCACCCCGGUGAACCUUUCCGGAUCUCCACAUAUGGCAUACGGUAUUCGAGCACCGGUUCCCGGUACCGUUGUUCCCGGUGCACCUAUGAACAUGGUCCCUAUGACAUACCCUAUGCCUCAUACUUCUGGUCCUCACAGGUGAAGUGCUUUUAGAAACCUUAAUGUACAAAAAAGUUAGAAGACUAGAUUGGCUUCUGCAGUUGAUGUAAUUUUUUCUUUUUGCUAGACAAAAUUGCUUUUUGAUUUAUUAGCAUGCAUGCAUGAAUUUUAUUCUUAUUCAGUUAUUUCAAAAAUAAACCAUAGCAGGAAGAAAUUGAAUGUAUGUUUCAGUAUAGGUUGCCAUGAAAUGUGACCACUUUGUGACAUAGGAGUAAGGUUGUUUUGUAGACAUUUGAAUUGCUAUUUUGCUAAACAUUGUUGUUGCAGAGGAUGAAGGUUUUGUGGAUUUUUAAAUAGUGUAAAUUAUUGUUGAAUAA